CUUCGCCUUGGCAAACUCGGCUGUCUUGUGGCAGGCCGAAGAAGCCGAUUGCCGAUCUUCCGGCACGGCGGGUUUUUCCAGCCGCCGGCCGGGUGACAGAAGCGCAGUCGUUUUCUGGCGCAUGCGCCCGGGAGAGAGAGAGAGAGAGAGAGAGAGUGUGCCAGUCGCUUUCUCUAAUCGCUGCCGUUCCUUCUCCUUCUGCGUCUCGGGGCAGGACGCAGCCGCAGCCGCUGCGUCUCGUAUCGUCAGCGUUGAGGGCGGCCGCGCGUCCCGCAGCCCUGCCGAGGUCGGGCCGUAGCGUGUCGGGGGCAGGAGCGCAACGCCACCACCCGCGAGCCAUGUCCGGCGUGGGGGUGGAUUCCUGCGGGGGAUCGGGGCCCGGGGCCUGCGGCGGGGGGGCGGCGGCGGCCUCUUCCUCCUCCUCCUCCACCUCCUGUUCUCCCGGUGGAAGCGGCAGCGGCGGCGGCGGGCUCUCGAUGUUCCGCUGGCUGGAAGUCCUGGAGAAGGAAUUCGACAAGGCGUUCGUGGAUGUGGACUUGCUGCUGGGUGAGAUCGACCCGGAUCAGGCGGACAUCACUUACGAAGGGCGGCAGAAGAUGACCAGCCUGAGCUCCUGCUUCGCGCAGCUCUGCCACAAGGCGCAAACGGUGUCCCAGAUCAACCACAAGCUGGAGGCUCAACUAGUAGAUCUGAAAUCAGAACUGACAGAAACUCGGGCUGAAAAGGCAGUAUUAGAAAAAGAAGUACAUGACCAACUGUUGCAACUCCAUGCCAUUCAACUUCAGCUUCAUGCAAAGACUGGCCUGAACGUUGAUUCUGGGGCAAUAAAGGCAAAAUUGGAGAGAGAACUUGAAGCCAGCAAGAAAGAAAAGGUGAAAGAAGCCCAACUUGAAGCUGAAGUGAAAUUGCUCCGGAAGGAAAAUGAGGCUCUACGUCGACACAUAGCUGUGCUUCAGGCUGAAGUAUAUGGAGCCAGACUCGCAGCUAAAUAUUUAGAUAAAGAACUAGCUGGAAGGGUUCAACAAAUUCAGUUGUUGGGUAGAGAUAUGAAAGGACCUGCCCAUGACAAACUUUGGAACCAGCUAGAAGCUGAAAUCCAUCUGCACCGGCACAAAACUGUAAUCAGGGCAUGCCGAGGUCGAAACGAUCUAAAACGGCCCAUGCAAGCACCCCCAGGGCAUAAUCCAGAUUCCUUAAAGAAGAGUCAAGGUGUUGGUCCAAUCAGAAAAGUUCUCUUGGUUAAAGAAGAUCAUGAAGGACUAGGCAUUUCAAUUACAGGAGGAAAGGAGCAUGGUGUUCCCAUUUUGGUCUCUGAAAUUCAUCCGGGUCAGCCUGCUGAUCGCUGUGGAGGUCUGCACGUUGGAGAUGCCAUUCUGGCAGUUAAUGGAGUUAAUCUGAGAGACGCCAAACACAAAGAGGCUGUAACUAUUCUUUCGCAACAGAGAGGAGAAAUCGAAUUUGAAGUUGUAUAUGUUGCUCCUGAAGUAGACUCAGAUGAUGAAAAUGUAGAAUACGAGGAUGAGAGUGGACAUCGCUAUCGUUUAUAUCUUGAUGAAUUGGAAGAAGGUAGCAAUUGUGCUUCUGGUAGAAAAGAUGGAAGUGGAGAUAAACCGUUACAAGUAUUUGAUAAGAAAGCAAGUAUUGAUGGCCAUGAAAAUGGAGACCUGGGGAAUACAAUUGAAACUGAAGAGACUGUAUCUAAACUAAACCAGUCUUCUGAGAGCUUAGCCUAACCCCUCUGAAUGGGACUAGUAUCUCUUUUAAGAUGGGUUUCAUGGGCUGUUCUAUAUGAUAAAUGCCACAGAAAGUUACAAUGAAGGACUGUUCAUAAGGUAAAGAGACACUGUGUUACCAUUGUCUGUAAAACAAAUCUGUUCUGGUUGGUUACCUCAGGGCUUCAUUAUGAACAAGUCUAAAUGUGCAAAAUGUCCCACUUUUUGAAAAAGUUGCCCAUGAAUUUUAGCACCAAAGUAUUAUUUUUCCUCCAAGACUUCACCUGAGUUCAUUUUGGAUUGUACCUAUGAAUGCAAGUAUAGAAAGAUGCAGGGGAGCUGUAAUGCUUGAUUCCUCUCACAUAUACCGAAAACAAAUAAAAUGGUAUCCAUUUGCUAAUAAAAUAGGCUGCAGCUAACAAAUAAGAAUGGCUAACGGUUUAAAAAUACACCUUGCAGGAAGGUGAAAAGCAAAAAACAACAACAACCCACCAAACUUCAUAAUAUUCAAAAUAAAUAUAUAUUUUGCUUUAAAAUGCACAUGUAAGAUUUUAAAUAACGAUUGAUUAUUUAUUUGGAAGUCAUCUUACUUAGCUCUCAAUAUUUAGUUUUCUCCUUUCAAAUAUUCUUGCCUGUCAAUGCUGGAUUUGAAUAUAUUCCUAACGUAUCAAGCAGAAUAUUAUGGUCACUUAAAAAAACACCACUAAAUGUGACAUGAACUUACUUAAAGUCUGCCCUUAAAAAUUGUAUAAGUGUCCAUUUUCUCCGAGCUGAGUAAGGUUGGAUUCAUAUAGUUGUUCAUCCUACUGGUCAAUAACUUUAUAAUCACUGCACAUGUCAUGUAGGAACUAGCUUGUCUGAGGGAAUUCAGUGUUCCAUAGAUUAGUAAUUCUAAUUUAUUUCUAAAGUUGUAAAAUGUAGCUCACUUAAAUUAGCUCUGGGCUGUUCCAAGGGCCCACUUUCACCUUCGUCCUGAUCAUAUUGUAGAUGACUACAAACUGAUCAUUCAGUUUCUAUUCACCAACUAUCUGAUUGUAUUCUUAGUGAUUAUUGGGGAGGGGAAAGUUUUAUAAUGGUAUGAGGAAAGGCUAUCUAUAUUUGCUACUAAAAUUCUCUGCAAAGGCAAUAGAGUCACAUGAGUGAUUUAUUGGACACCUAAGAGGGAAUUUAUUGGGCACAUAGUAAGCAGCACUGCCUCAUUGUAAGUUAUCAGUUAAUGGCUGGUCAUCAGUUAUUUGGGGUAAUUAGGCAUGCAGUCAAUGCCCAAGUCAUCUCCAAAUAAAUUGUUGGUAAGCACUGAUCAUACAUUGCAGGCAAGAUAAUAGUAGCAGUCUUGUCAGAAGCUAACAGUCCAUUCUCUGAGUAGAGCCAUUUUAGGUGAAGUUCUCUACUUAUGAUGAUGAUGAUGGGAGAUUAAUAAUCACUACUUAGAUUACUAAUCAGUAGUCACAAGGCCAUCAGUGACUCGUCAUGCUAUGUGAAGACGUUUACACAAGUCAUCUCUGAAAAGGGAGAGUCAAGCAUACAUAUUCUGUAUCUUGUGAGGUCUGUGCAGGACUAGCAGAAAAAUGAUUAAAGCCCUGAUACUUCACAGAACUAUAUUUUUGGUAUUAUUUUUCUAAAAACUCAAAUGUUCCAAAACCUGAAAACGCUCAAGGCACUUUUAGAAUAUGUUGGUAUUAAUGGGGUUGUCUUGGCUAAAUUCUUGUACUGCUGUGUAUGUGUGCGUGUGUGUUUUAGGUACAUGUGUGUAUACAUACCUGCACACCCGCAUACCCACAUAUAAAUAUAUACAUAUGUGACUUAUUAAAACUGCACACUCUCUGUAUGCAAAUGGUUAAAAACCAUGUAGCUUUUUUAAAUUAUAGGAUAAAGCAUGAAAUGCCUGCUUUCCAUUCACUUUCCUGCAGGCAAUUGAAAUGUAAUAUUUAAAAAUGUAUUUUGAGAGUGGAAAUAAUGUAACAUGAAACUUUGUAAGUGUUUUUUUUUCUAUUGACUGUACAUAAAUGGAGAUCGUAUAAAAAGGCCUUUAAUGUAAUGUCAGUUAACCUUAUGUUCAAUGUUUAAAAUGUUGUGUUAUGGAACACAGUUAAAUAUGUCUCUUCUAGGUGCACUAUAUACAUGUUUAUAGAGAACUUUAAAAUGUAAAUACUGUAUGCAAAUAUUUUGCCAUUUAUAAUGUUGCUCAUAAAAUAACUUUUGUGCAUCAUUUCACUCACUUGCUCAUGGAAGUGUAUUUAAUUUGCAGUAAAUUUUAAUUGCUGCCCUAAAGAA